AUUUAAUUAUACAUGUACAUGUAAUAGGAGACGUUCAAUCAACGAGUGAAGAAUUAUGGUGUUUGGACCAACGCUCAGAAGACCCUCCAGAGCAAGAGAGAUUCCGAAGCUAAGAUGCAAACAACAGGAAAAACUGACAAGCUCGCGAUAGUCCAAGCUGAGAUAAAAGAUUGGGAACAAAAGGAGAAGGAUGCUGAGAAGGCUUUUAACAAAUGCUCAAAAGUUUUGAAAAGAGAAGUAGAACGUUUUGAAACGGUCCGUACUAAGGAAUUUAAGGCAAAGUUUUUAGAACACUUAGAAGCUCUCAUGCACAUGCAAGAGGAGCUCAUUCGUCUCUGGGAAGGAUAUCUCCCUGAUGUGCAGGCCAUUGAGGCUGAAUCUUAGCAACAUGCUCCCCACGUCUUAGCUCUAAGUUUCUGAUAGCACUAAUAAACUGCUCCUGCUGCUGCUCUAUUAUAUUAUUAUUGUAAUUAUUAUUAUACAGUACCUGCUGUGUUUGUGAUAAACUUUAUGAUAUCUAUAUUGUUAUUAUCUAUUGUUAUUAUUAUUGGCAAUUAUUGUUUAUUAUUGGCAAUUUUUUUUUCCUAUUGUUAAUGAAUAUAUCUUUAUAAUGAUCGUUUUAGUAAAUUAAAACUGUGUUUUCCGUA